ACUGAGGAGGGACUCAUUCUGAGCACCACUGACAUUCCCAACAGGCAGGGGAGAAGCCUUGUGUGUGAUAUACAGCAAAAAGAAAGUGUGCAUGUGUGUGAGUGGGUGGGAGUGUGUAACCACUGGAGGAGCCUGUAACAGUUCAACACAAUCAAGCGUCUCGCACAAUCUGAGCACCGGGCUUCAGGACGGCUGCUGGACAGAAAGCUGCCUUCAAGUGUCGAGUGAAAGAAGAGGAGAAAAGAAUUCCCAGUGGCCGGUGUGAUCUGUUUUGUUUCUGCCAGAGGAGAGACAAGAGGAAGAAGGGAAGACGAAUUAGAAGAAGAAGAAUUAGAAGUAGUAGAUCGAGAAGAGGCCAACAUGUCCAACGCACUGCUGAGGAGAAACUCCAGUAAACAGGGUUUACAAAACCUUAUGAGGCUGACGGCUCAGAGGAGCAUCGAGGAUGCGGAGGAGGUGGAGAGGGAGCGCCGUCGUAGAACCCGAGAGUCUUUGCGAAGGAGCAGCAGUGGUUCAACUCCCGGAGAGUUCUCCCCAGAGAACGAGAUGCAGACAGAGGAGAAGAUGUAUGAUAGCGACUUCAAGCCCACCAGCUCUCCUUCUCUGGAGGAGGACGAAGGCUUCAGUGACUGGACUCAGCGAAGAGAGCUGCGGAGGCAGCAGCGCCUGCAGGAGCUCAGCCAGGGAGGCCAGGAGGACGAGGAGGAGAACACGAUAAACAAAGCGGCAUCCGUAAAGACCGCCAAGGCCUCGGCCACCUCCUCGAGCCGACUCCAGCAGCAGGAGCAGGAAGAGAUGGAAAGGGCCAGGAUGGAGUUGGAGAGGAGGAAGGAACGUGAGGAGGAGGAGGCUGUUCGAGCUGAGAGGGCAAGGAGGGAGAAAGACAGAGAGGAAGAGGAGAAGAGGAAAAAGGAGGAGGUGAUGACCAGGAGAAGGGAGGAUGUGCAAAGGCCAAAAACAGAAGUGGAGAAAAGAAAAGAAGUUAAAGUCUCCUACACAUCGAAGGUUUUCCUUCAACAAGAGCCGAAACACAGCAACGCCAAUGGAGACGCAACCAAUGAGGAAGUGUCACACAUCAACAGCAAGACAAAAAGAUCCACCAGCAGAGCUACAGAGCCGGAGGAGGCGGAGGCCAUCCUGGAGACGGAGCAGCGCCUGGAGAAGAUCCGACGGAGCCUCCAGGCAAAGGAGAGCCAGGAGCUGGAGCAGCUGAGACACAGACAGACCGAGGCCGAGCAGGAGCUGGAGGAGCUAAAGAGGAGGAGGGAGGAGAGACGCCGAGUCCGGGAAGAAGAGGAGCACCGGAGGCUGGAGGAGGAGCGGCAACGGCUGGCUAAAGAGGAGGAGGAGCGUAGACGGAUGAAGGAAGACAUCGAGAGGAGGAGGAUGGAGGCAGCAGAGAGGAUGAAGAGCCUGAGCACGUCCAGCGUGGACGGGGACGAGAUGUUCAGUCCCUUCAGUCCAAAAGCUCCCACACACAAGAUCACAGAGAGAACAGAGUCCCUGAACCGCUCACUGAAGAAAAGUAACAGCUUUAAGAAGACGCAGCCUCUCAUGCUGAUGUCCAAGAUCGACGACAAGCUAGAGCAGUAUGCCCACGCUGUGGAGAACUCACAGGAGGCACGAGCAGUGAAGGCAUCGCUGACUGACCUGCCCAGCUCACCUGAGGUCGUCUCCUCCAAGAAGAACCUGUUUGAGGCCGGAGAGGCCUGGAGCCAGAGUCCCACCAAGGGAGCAACUUGCAAGGACACUGAUGGUCUGAAGGUGGGCGUGGCCAACCUGAUCACCCAGUGGGUCAAAGGCCCCUCUGAUGGCAGCAGACAGUCGUCCAGCAGAGCGUCAGAUGUGAAGCCUGGAGACGUGAUGCAGAAGAAGAACAUGUGGGAGAUCAUCGGAGAUUCGUCAGAGAGGCCCGGUCAAAGAGCCAAUAAGGUGAGCACAUUGAAUAUACUGAACAUAAGUCAAACAUCUUCUUCUUCACUUGUAUUAGUCAUUUUCCCUCAGCACUGCCUUAACUAAUAUUAACUUUGUUUA